CUCUUCUUCCUUCCCUCCUUUUUUUUCUCCCUCCUUUAAAAGCUCUGCCGGUCCAGAAGGAGAAGCAGAGGAAGAAGAAAGAGAAGAAGAAGAAGAAGAGGAGGAGGAGGAGGAAGGGGCCCAGAGGAGAAACAUCUGGGUUUGUGUUCGAAUUGUGCCCCUUCUGCACUCCUUGGUAUCAACAUGACGCUCUUGCUUUUGACAUUGCAGCUGGGAUUGGCCCUCGCUUUCGUUCCUGAGAAGGAGAAGGACCCCCGGUACUGGCGGCACCAGGCCCAGGAGACCCUCCAGGAGGCCCUGCGCUUGCAGGAGCUCAACACCAACGUGGCCAAGAACGUCAUCCUCUUCCUCGGGGACGGGAUGGGGAUCUCCACGGUGACGGCCUCGCGCAUCCUCAAGGGCCAGCUCCAGAACCAGAACGGAGAGGAGUCCGUCUUGGAAAUGGACCGCUUCCCGUUCGUGGCGCUCUCCAAGACCUACAACACCAACGCGCAGGUACCGGACAGCGCGGGGACGGCCACGGCCUACCUGUGCGGGGUCAAGGCCAACGAGGGCACCGUCGGGGUCAGCGCGGCCGUCACCCGCGCCCAGUGCAACACCACCGCCGGGAACCACGUCACCUCCAUCCUCCGCUGGGCCAAGGAUGCCGGCAAGUCUGUGGGCAUCGUGACCACCACGAGGGUCAACCACGCCACCCCCAGCGCGGCCUAUGCGCACUCGGCCGACCGGGAGUGGUAUUCGGACAACGAGAUGCCCGUGGAGGCCCUGCAGCAGGGCUGCAAGGACAUCGCCCACCAGCUCAUCGAGAACGUCCCCGACAUCGAGGUGAUCAUGGGAGGCGGUCGGAAGUACAUGUUCCCCAAGAACACCAGCGACGUGGAAUAUCCGGAGGAGGAGAAAUACCGGGGGACGCGGCUGGACGGCAGGAACCUCGUGGAGGAGUGGAGGAGGAAGAAGCCCAGCGAGAAGAAGGCCCACUAUGUCUGGAACCAGACUGAACUGAUGAAGCUGGACCCCAGCCGAGUAGACUACUUGUUGGGCCUCUUUGAGCCCAUCGACCUGAUGUACGAACUCAACCGGAACAAGGAGACGGACCCUUCCCUGACCGAGAUGGUGGACGUGGCCCUCAAGGUCCUCCAGAAGAACCCCCUUGGGUUCUUCUUGCUGGUGGAAGGCGGGCGCAUUGACCACGGCCACCACGAGGGCAAGGCCAAGCAGGCCCUACAUGAAGCUGUGGAGAUGGACAAGGCCAUCGGCCUGGCCGACCGCAUGACGUCCACCCAGGACACCCUGACUGUGGUGACCGCCGACCACUCGCAUGUCUUCACCUUUGGGGGAUAUACCCCGCGUGGGAACACCAUCUUCGGCCUGGCCCCGAAGGAGAGCGACGUGGACAAGAAGCCCUUCACCUCCAUCCUCUACGGCAACGGACCCGGGUUCCGCCUCGUGGGCGGAGAGAGGGAGAACGUCUCCUCCACCAACUUCACCGAUGCCAACUACCAGGCCCAGUCGGCGGUGCCCCUGCGCAUGGAGACGCACGGCGGGGAGGACGUGGCCGUCUUUGCCAAGGGCCCCAUGGCGCACCUGCUGCACGGCGUCCACGAGCAGAACUACAUCCCGCACGUCAUGGCCUUUGCCGCCUGCAUCGGGGAGAACAGGGACCACUGCCGGUCGGGGGCCCCUCCGCGCGGACCCUGGGGGCCCCUCCCCGCCUCGGCCUCCGCCCUGGCCUUGCUCCUGGCACGCAGCCUCUUCUGACGGACAUGAGCCUCGGUCCUCCUUCCGCAAUGGACCCGAUCCCCCGCCACCCGGCCCAAGGAGAGGCCGCCUGCCCAAACAACAGCUGGAAGCAUCUGUCACCCUGAUGGGAAGGCGGCCUUCGGACGACGUUCCAGGAUCCGUGCCAAGCCAAACUUCGGAAGCCUGGGGACAUUUAUCCGAUAAGAGCGGGGCUGGUUCCGCUCCGCAGGGAGGGCCCUUGGCACGCUUCUCCCCUGACUGGAGGAAGCCAAGGGGAUGAUUUGGGUGGCGGGUGUUCUGUCUCUUUUCCUUUUCCUGGUUGGGGUUCAUGGGCCAAGGGCUCAGCCGCGUACAAAACAUCCCAACCCGUCCAUCCCUGUUUUGGUCUUCUUAGCAUUGAAUAGCCUUGCAACAGCAAAGCCUGGCUGCAGUUCUGCAAAGAUGUAAGUCACCAGAUCUUUGGGAUUCAGUAGCUGGAUUGUACCGUGUUUCCCCAAAAAUAAGACAGUGUCUUAUAUUAAUUUUUGCUCCCAAAGAUGCUCCAGGUCUUAUUUUCAGGGGAUGUCUUAUUGUUCCAUGAAGACGAAUUCACAUUUAUUGUUGAACAAAAAAAAUGAACAUUUAUUAUAUACUGUACCGUAGUUGUCAUCACAAACCAGCAUAACCAGACAAACUGUGAACCCUAUCAAGAAUUUCUUGUUAUUUCCAUGUACAACAAUCUAUGGUACAUACAUUUACCGAUCCUGCAUGCUCUGGUGUUCUGUUUGUUGGGCAUGCUUCCAAACAAAAACUUUUCUAGGUCUUACUUUCGGGGGAGGCCUUAUAUUUAGCAAUUCAGCAAAAUCUCUACUAGGUCUUAUUUUCUGGGGAUGUCUUAUUUUAGGGGAAACAGGGUAUGACAGUGUAGAUGGGGCCCCCACUUAUCAGAGGCAAGUGGGAAUGUUGCAAUUGGCCACCUUGAUUAGUAUUGAAUAGCCUUGCAGCUUCAAAGCCAGGCUGCUUCCUGCCUGGGGGAAUCCUUUGUUGGGAGGUGUUAGCACAUUCACACUUGCCUCCAAAGACAAGAGUUCUUUCUCAUUCCACAGGAAUACAGUAGAGUCUCACUUAUCCAACAUAAACGGGCCGGCAGAAUGUUGGAUAAGCGAAUAUGUUGGAUAAUAAGGAGGGAUUAAGGAAAAGCCUAUUAAACAUCAAAUUAGGUUAUGAUUUUACAAAUUAAGCACCAAAACAUCAUGUUAUACAACAAAUUUAACAGAAAAAGUAGUUCAAUAUGCAGUAAUGCUAUGUAGUAAUUACUGUAUUUACGAAUUUAGCACCAAAAUAUCACGAUGUAUUGAAAGCAAUGACUACAAAAAUGCUUUGGAUAAUCCAGAACGUUGCAUAAGCGAGUGUUGGAUAAGUGGGACUCUACUGUAGUUCAAUAGGCAGUAAUACUAUGUAGUAAUUACUGUAUUUACGAAUUUAGCACCAAAAUAUCACAAUGUAUUGAAAACAUUGACUACAAAAAUGCAUUGGAUAAUCCAGAACGUUGGAUAAGCGAGUGUUGGGUAAAUGAGACUCUAUUGUAUAUCAACCCCACUUGCCUAGUUUCCAACACAACCCUCACAACCUCUUGAGGAUGCCUGCCAUAGAUGUGGGUGGAACGUCAGGAGAGAAUGCUUCCGGAACCUGUCCGGACAGCCCAGAAAACUCACAGCAACCCAAAGGCUGAACUGUUUGCAGCAUUGCAGCCUUUAAACUAGUCAUGCCCUUUUGCAAUGAAGAGGGGUCAAUGCUGGGACCUGCUUCAGGUUUGCGGGGACGAGGGUUUCCUUUGCAAAAGGCCGAAUCUGUGGCCGAAGGGAAGUCCAGCCUUGGCUUCACCCGAAAUGCCUUGACCGGCCUCUUUCUCAUCCUUCUGCGGUGGAGGGGGAAACUUCAGCAGGACUUCUUUGGGAAGGGAAAUAAAGGCAAUCUUUGGCUGAA